AUGACACAGUCGCAGGCGCAGGCGACGACACGCUCGACAGUGCUCCCGUUUGAGGUGGUGUGGAGCGGCCUGCUGGGCUCGUACCGGAUCACUCUGCGGCUGCUUCUUGCCCUCCACGGCGCCAUGCUGUUCGCCUGCUCUCUGCCUGGUGCGGCCCUCGCCGCUGACAUCCUCCCGCGGCUGCUCCUCGAGCUGGCCAUGCUCCCCAUGGUGGCCUUCUACGCAUGCUUUCCGGCAGCAGCUGCCUCUGCUGUCCGCCGGGCGUAUGCUGAUCUUGACAACGUGCCGCCUGUCCUCGCUGCAGCCACCAUCCGCGCUCUCUGGUCCGGGCCGGGCGCAUCAGUUAUCAUCCGCAGUCUGACAAAGCUCAAGCCGCGCUCGCGUGGUCCGGAGGUGGUAGCGGUGGAGGCUCAGUUGGCGGCGGCGGCAUCAGACAGAGUCCUCCCGGUUCUGGUCGUGGCCCAGGGCGAUGCUGUCGAGGUGGCGGCGGCAGUGGCGGCGCUGGCGGCAGGUGAGACAGUCGCCUAUCGGCUGGUCAUCCAUCUGCAUGGCGGCGGGUUUGUGGCCAUGUCGCCAGCCGAUCAUGCAGACUACCUCAAGACUUGGGCAAGGGCACCAGGCAUGGAGCGCACGCUCUUUAUCUCGCUGGACUACCCACUUGCGCCCGAGGCGCCAUUCCCGCUUGCGCUCAACGACGCCUUUGCGCUGUAUGCCAUCGCCGCUUCCUGCUCGACGGCUCCGAUAUCUGUAGUCGGCGACUCAGCCGGAGGCAAUCUUGCAGCAGCGCUCGGCCUGCUGGUGGCUGCUGCGCGUGGCCGCGCCCGCGGUGAGCCCGAGGCCGAUGCUGCACUCAUGCUGGAGCUGGGUCCGACCGCAUCAGUCCUUCGCGACUACACGGCGUUCGCCGGCGAGCUGCCAGCCAUCGACGCGCUUGUGCUCAUCUAUCCCUCGCUGGUCCGGGCACGGCAACGGGCCGGGCUCAUGGGGGCGGCACUUGCUCUCGAUCCGCUCUUGCCAGCUGAGCUCAACCCUCUCAUCCACACAGCGUACGUGCCCACGACGUUGCGGGCGGUGUCUGCGACGCACCCGCUAAUUUCACCACUGGCGGCGCCGGCGUGGCUACUGGCGUCGGCUGACAUGGCCAGCCGAAAGUACGUGGUGUGCGGCGAGUGCGAUCCGCUGCUCGACGACUCGUAG